GCACCAUAAAACUUAUUUGUUCAGUGCAUGAGCAAAUAGGCUACUUUCUACCUAUUUUCAUAUGCUUGUGGCGCAUAUCUUGGAUGUCUAACAGCCUACAAGUCAACACUCAGGGAAAAUUGGUCCCUUUGCGGAACCCUGGCUGUGUGAGUAUCAGAAACAUGGCGGAAAGCGAACUGAACGUUGACAGCCUCAUCUCUCGAUUAUUGGAAGUGCGAGGAUGUCGUCCAGGGAAGAUUGUACAGAUGACAGAGGCUGAGGUGCGUGGGCUCUGCAUCAAGUCCAGAGAGAUUUUCCUCAGUCAGCCAAUCCUGCUAGAACUGGAGGCUCCACUCAAAAUCUGUGGAGAUAUCCAUGGACAGUACACAGACUUGCUGAGGCUGUUUGAGUAUGGAGGUUUCCCUCCAGAGGCCAACUACCUGUUCCUAGGGGAUUAUGUGGACAGAGGGAAGCAGUCACUGGAGACCAUCUGCUUGCUGCUCGCUUACAAGAUCAAAUACCCAGAAAACUUCUUCUUGCUCAGGGGAAACCACGAGUGUGCCUCCAUCAAUCGCAUCUACGGCUUCUAUGAUGAGUGCAAGCGCAGGUUCAACAUAAAGCUCUGGAAGACAUUCACAGACUGUUUUAAUUGCCUGCCUAUCGCUGCAAUUAUUGAUGAGAAGAUUUUCUGCUGCCACGGAGGGCUUUCACCUGACCUUCAGUCCAUGGAACAAAUUCGACGCAUUAUGAGACCCACUGAUGUCCCAGACACAGGCUUGCUGUGUGACCUGCUGUGGUCAGACCCAGACAAAGACGUCCAGGGAUGGGGGGAAAAUGAUCGGGGAGUUUCCUUCACUUUCGGAGCUGACGUGGUUAGCAAGUUCCUCAACCGCCACGACCUGGAUCUCAUCUGCCGAGCACAUCAGGUUGUUGAAGAUGGCUACGAGUUCUUUGCCAAGCGACAGCUGGUGACACUGUUUUCUGCCCCCAACUACUGCGGGGAGUUUGACAAUGCAGGCGGCAUGAUGAGUGUGGACGAGUCCCUCAUGUGCUCUUUUCAGAUCCUGAAGCCGUCAGAGAAAAAAGCUAAGUACCAGUAUGGAGGGGUGAAUUCAGGACGCCCUGUCACCCCGCCUCGCACUGCUCAGGCACCAAAAAAGAGGUGAGUGGCUGGCCCUGACUCUCCAGCUCCUACCCCUGGCUGAUCUCUGGCCCACAUCCCAGCUGGCUGCCUCAAACACUCCAGCCUUCUCUUAGACAGUUUGUUUAUGUGUAAACAGAAACUCCUGGAGUGUUUUUUUUGCUUGUUCUUUGGGUACUUUUAUGAACACGUGAGUGGUACUGUUUUUUUUAAUGCCACGGUAUUGUACGUAUUAACUCAGCUCUCACUUCUACUACUCAGUCCAUUCAGCAAUAUUCAAGCCAACCUCUUGUGGAAUGUGCAAGAUGUUAAGAAUAGUUGUUUCUCUACCUUCAGAUUAAUGAUUUUCAUUGUGAUUUUUUUUUUGGACACAUGCACGUUUGUUAGACAGAGGUAGGUUGUUUGCCUGAGAUUCUCCCAGGCCACAGGGCCAAAUACCCUACUUCCCUCUCCACUUGAUUCAUCUAAUGUGUAUGUAACUUACCUAGUUAUCACCACUGUCCCUUUGUAUAGUGGGUGGAAUAGCACACAUCUUAAUGAGGACAUCAGUAACACUGUUACAUCUGUGGAGUAUUAAGCUACAGCCAGCGGCUGGCUAACUUAACUUAGCUCAGAACCUGGAUAACAUUACUCUCUGUUUUCCUAUCCUUGUGCUAAGCCGCUAGCUACUGGCUGUAGCUUUGUAUUUACCAUACAGAAAUGACAGCCAUAUCAGUUUUCUCACCUAACUCUUGGCAAGAAAAUGACGAGAGUUUUUCCCCAAAAUGCCAUAUGCAAUAAAAUAAAAUGAUUAUAAAAAAA